AUGGGGUCCCGAUUAGAUAGGCUCGUCACCCUCCUCGAGACGGGGAGUACUCAAUUAAUUCGCAAUACCGCUGCCCAGCAGCUGGCAGAUGUGCAGAAGCAGCAUCCAGAUGAACUCUUUAAUCUGCUCGGCCGCAUCUUGCCCUAUCUCAGAUCCAAGUCCUGGGACACAAGGACUGCUUCCGCGAAAGCCAUUGGAUUGAUUGUCUCGAACGCAGAUCCAUAUGACCCAAACGAAGAUGAUGGGCUCCAGAUCAAAUCCGCAGCUGAUGAGGAUGACGUGGAGAUCAAGUCCGAGAUCAAGUCCGAAGAGCCGUUUUCAGCUGAUGAAUACAUGAGACUCGAUACCCUCGAUAUCGCUUCGAUUUUGAGGUAUGGCAAGCGUCUCCUCGGCAGUGCAGGCAAAGAGUACGAAUACUCGCUGGCAUCCAUGGAGCCAACAGCGCGUCUUCAACACCAAAAGAAGACUCUGACGUCGCGACUGGGUCUUAACGGUGAAUAUUUGGAAGAGGACUUGAUUGAGGAUGUCGAAAAGGCACCUAAAUUCGUCUCACCCGCUCCCAAGGAUGAGCCCAAGAUUCCUCCCAUUUCACGCCAGAACAGCCUGAUGGAAGCACCUUCGCGUCGACCCUCGUCGCCCACCGAAAGCGCAAUCAAAGAGGACGGAGGCCUGAGCAAGCGACAGCUCAAUCAGCUCAAGCGCAAAAACAAACAAGUCGCCAAAAUGGGAGCUAACAAGGUCCGUGUGGUGGAUUUGUCUUCCCGACGACAGUCCGAGGUCGUGACCACCCCCACGGCUACCACUCCUCAUCCCGUGAAAACGGAGAACGGAGAGGACCAGAACGGUGAAGCGAAACCUGACUAUUUCUCUUUCGAACGCAACGAAGAAGACGACGACUCAAAGGUUGUCUCUGAAUUCAAAGGACCUGUCGCUCCAGAGCGUUCUCACAUACAACCCGAGAUCGCGGAGCAGGGCGGAGGAUGGCCAUUAGAACACAUGUGCGAAUUUCUGACUAUCGACAUCUUCGAUUCCAACUGGGAAGUUCGACACGGCGCCGCAAUGGCAUUACGUGAAGUGAUCCGAGUGCAGGGCAUCGCUGCCGGCCGCCAGGAUGGAAAGACUCGCGCUGAAAACGAUCUGCUUAACCGCCGGUGGUUGGAUGAUCUUUCUUGCAGACUCCUCUCGGUUUUGAUGCUCGACCGAUUCGGUGACUACAUCUCAGACAAUGUCGUCGCCCCGAUCCGUGAAACCGUGGGCCAGACCCUCGGAGCUCUCAUCUCUCACCUACACCCCAACUCAGUCCGAUCGGUAUAUCGAUGCCUCUACCGAAUUAUCAUGCAAACAGACUUAGGGCUAGAGCGUCCUGUCUGGGAAGUAUGCCAUGGUGGCAUGAUUGGCCUGCGCUAUCUUGUUGCAGUCCGAAAAGACUUGCUUGUCAAAGACUCAAAUAUGAUGGACGGCGUACUGGAGGCCGUGAUGAAAGGGCUCGCUGAUUUCGAUGACGAUGUUCGGGCUGUCAGUGCCGCCACACUUGUUCCUAUUGCGGAAGAAUUCGUCACAUCACGGACUGGUACUCUUGGUCUACUAAUGAACAUUGUCUGGGAUUGUCUUUCCAAUCUUCAAGACGACCUCAGCGCUAGUACAGGUUCUGUGAUGGACCUUUUGGCCAAGCUAUGCACCUACUCUCAAGUCCUGGAUGCCAUGAAGGCAAAUGCCGCCGAUGACCCAGAAGCUUCAUUCGGGAAGCUCGUUCCUCGCCUUUACCCAUUCCUCCGCCACACCAUUACUAGUGUUCGUUCAGCCGUGCUUCGAGCUCUGAUGACGUUCCUCAAAUUAGAGGGCGAUGGCACUACAGAUUGGGUCGAUGGCAAGGCUUUACGUCUCAUCUUCCAAAAUUUGCUCGUGGAGCGCAACGAGGGUGUUUUGAAGCUUUCCGGCCAGGUGUGGUCUGAGCUUCUCAAGGUCGUGGAACUGCGCGGUUCAUUCAAAUCCGAAGAGCAACUGCUUGACUCCGUCUCACCUCUCGUCACGUUGACCUUGGGCGCCUUUGGUGUCCCCCGAUACCCCAUCCCAAUGAACGCAUCGCUUUUCAUCAAACCAUCUGGCCUGCCAUUCUCGAUUGCCGCCCCUGCUCCUGCACCCGCCAAAUCCUCACCACCAGCCUCUGGUGGCCCUGAGACAAAGCCAGGACGCAGGCGCAAGUCGGAGAAAAAGGAGAAGGAGGCGCCGGCGCCCUCAGCACACAAUGUGGAUGGUCACAUGCUGUCCGGCGACAUUGACCUCGUUGGUGCGGAUACGAUGCUACGAUCCAAAAUCUUUGCUGCCAAGGCGCUGGGAGAGUUGAUCUCAUUCUGGGACAAGAACGAGCUGCCAAGCUUCUGGCCAUCGAUUCUGGAGGGUCUCAACGUUUCCGCAUCAACAACUCAACUUGCCUCGGCGAUGGUGAUUGAAGAGUAUGCUCGCCAUUCCGGACCGGAAAGUAAGUAUUCCCCCGUUUUGUGCGAAAGCCUACGAACAACCCUCGAACACGAGCGCCCGCUUUGGUACUCAGAUAUCGCGUGCUACCUGCAUGUUGCGCGUGCCCAAUGUCAUUCGUUGUUGAAUACAUUCCGUGACCAUGCGCAUGUUGCGCCUUCUCGACUACCCACUUUGGCUGUCGUUGUCCAGGGCGACUCAGAGGCUGGACCUAAUGCAUUCUCUCUGGCGGAUGCCGAGAAAAUCGUUGGCCCUGACUUUGACAGGCUGAAGAAGAAUCUGACACCUGCUCAACGAAUCACCGCCACCCAGGUCUUAACAGACACUCGCGCCACUACCUUAUCCGCCGUUGAAGAGGCACGGAUUAUUAGAGAUCAGCGUGACAUGCGUGUCCUAGCUGCCACAGCUGGUGCCCUUGUCGCCCUGCGCGAUAUUCCCAAGAAGCCUGGUCACAUAAUCAAGGGAAUGAUGGACAGUGUCAAGAAAGAAGAGAAUCUCGAACUCCAACAGCGUUCAGCAACAGGUGUGGCCGGAUUGAUCGAGCACUACACAGCGGCAACCAAGCGUGGUCCUGUGGACAAGAUUAUUGGAAACCUGGUCAAAUAUUGCUGUGUUGAUACCUCAGAGACACCCGAGUUCCCACACAAUGCCCAGUUGGAGAAAUCAAUUCUGUCGCUUCGUAAAGAAGAGGACCGACGUGAUCAUCCCGAUGCCGCCAAGUUCGAAAGAGAAGCAAAGGAAGCCAGAAUCAUGCGGCGUGGCGCCAAGGAUGCGCUUGAGCAGCUGGCAGUCAAGUUUGGCCCUGAGCUUCUGGAGAAGGUUCCAAAUCUUGCCAAAUUGGUCGAGCGACCUUUGCGAGAUGCAUUGGCCAAUGAUGAGCUUCCUGAAGACAUCACCAACCCCGAGAAUGAGCUUGGUCAGGAGAUCGUCGACGGCUUGUCUACACUCCGGGCUCUGCUGCCCAAGUUCGACUCUGGUCUCCACUCGUGGGUCGUCGACCUUAUGCCCAUCAUCGCCAAGGGCCUGCAGUGUCGCCUUUCUGUCAUUCGCUACGCGGCUGCCAAAUGUUUCGCGACAAUUUGCAGUGUCAUCACGGUCAAGGGUAUGACCAUGCUCGUCGAGAAGGUUUUACCUAUCAUCAACAACGGUCUGGACGUUCAUCACCGCCAAGGUGCAAUUGAGUGCAUCUAUCACUUGAUCCACGUCAUGGAAGAUGGUAUUCUACCCUAUGUUAUCUUCCUGGUGGUUCCUGUUCUUGGCCGAAUGAGCGAUUCUGACAACGAUGUGCGCCUAUUGGCAACAACUUCAUUCGCAACCCUCGUCAAACUGGUUCCCCUCGAAGCCGGAAUUCCAGACCCCCCUGGCUUCUCAGAGGAGUUGCUUCAGGGCCGAGACCGGGAGAGGAAGUUCAUGUCCCAGAUGUUGGAUCCAAAGAAGGUCGAGGAAUUCUCCAUUCCCGUCGCGAUCAAGGCAGAGCUUCGGCCCUACCAACAAGAUGGUGUUAAUUGGCUUGCUUUCCUCAAUCGUUACAACCUCCAUGGAAUUCUUUGCGACGACAUGGGUCUCGGAAAGACCUUGCAGACCAUUUGCAUUGUGGCAAGUGACCACCACAUGCGCGCGGAAGAGUUUGCAAAAAGUCAGUCAACCGAUUCACGCAAACUCCCCUCUUUGAUUGUCUGCCCACCGUCCCUGUCUGGUCACUGGCAGCAGGAGGUCAAGCAGUACGCUCCAUUCCUGAGCUGCAUCGCAUACGUCGGUCCUCCAGCCGAACGGUCAAGAUUGCAACCUAUGCUUGCAACCACUGAUGUGAUUGUCACCUCUUAUGAUGUCUGUCGAAACGACAACGAUGUCCUCAGCCCCAUCAACUGGAACUACUGUGUCCUGGACGAGGGUCACCUUAUCAAGAACCCGAAGGCUAAGAUUACUUCUUCAGUCAAGAAGCUCAUGAGCAAUCACCGCCUCAUCUUGUCUGGAACACCCAUUCAGAACAACGUCCUCGAGCUGUGGUCACUGUUUGAUUUCCUGAUGCCCGGUUUCUUGGGUACAGAGAAGGUCUUCCUGGACCGGUUUGCCAAGCCUAUUGCAGCCAGCCGUUUCAGCAAAUCGUCUUCGAAGGAACAGGAAGCAGGUGCUUUGGCAAUUGAGGCUCUCCAUAAACAGGUCCUGCCGUUCCUUCUCCGUCGUCUGAAGGAGGAGGUGCUCAAUGAUUUGCCUCCCAAGAUCAUUCAAAACUACUACUGUGACCCAAGUGACCUGCAGAAGAAGCUCUUUGAAGACUUCACCAAAAAGGAGCAGAAGGAGUUGGCAGAUAAGGUGGGAAGUGCUGAUCGUGGUGACAAGGAGCAUAUCUUCCAGGCUCUGCAAUACAUGCGCCGUCUUUGCAACUCGCCUGCCCUGGUUGUUAAAGAAGGCCACAAGCAGUACAAUGAGGUGCAGACUUUCUUGAACAACAAAAAAUCAAACAUCAGGGAUGUCUCUCACGCGCCCAAGUUGAAUGCCCUCAAGGACCUAUUGGUGGAUUGUGGCAUCGGUCUCGACCACACCGCAGAGGGCGAACUGGACACUGGUGCAAGCUAUGUCAGCCCCCACCGUGCACUUGUCUUCUGUCAGAUGAAGGAGAUGCUGGACAUUGUCCAGAACGAUGUUCUCAAGAAGCUUUUGCCCUCAGUCCAGUACCUUCGCCUGGAUGGUGGCGUUGAAGCUACAAAGCGCCAGGACAUUGUGAACCGCUUCAACACUGAUCCAAGUUACGACGUACUGCUCUUGACCACCAGUGUCGGUGGUUUGGGUCUGAACCUCACGGGAGCUGACACUGUCAUUUUCGUGGAACAUGAUUGGAAUCCCCAGAAGGAUAUCCAAGCCAUGGACCGCGCUCACCGUAUCGGACAAAAGAAGGUCGUUAACGUCUACCGUCUGAUCACAAGAGGCACCCUGGAAGAGAAGAUUCUCAACCUGCAACGAUUCAAGAUCGACGUUGCCUCUACCGUGGUCAAUCAACAAAACGCCGGCCUAGGAACAAUGGACACGGACCAACUCCUGGAUCUAUUCAAUCUUGGCGAGACAGCAGACUCAGCCGAGAAACCCGAAGCAGCCGGAAAUGAAGUCGACAUGGUUGACAUCGACGGCGAAGUCAAAGAAAAAGGCAAAAAGGGCUGGCUGGACGACCUAGGCGAGCUCUGGGACGACCGGCAGUACCAGGAAGAAUACAACCUGGAUUCGUUCCUGGAAACUAUGAAGAACUGA